AUGGUUUCUCAAAGGAUUUGGGUAGGGCAGUCUCAAGUUGUGAGGGAUUUAGAAGAGUGGGAGCUUUGUGAAGAGAUUUUUUGGAAGCGAAAGGCUCAGAUUGAUUGGCUUCAAGAAGGGAAUGGGAAUACAGCCUUUUUUCAUAAAUCGGUGCAAGCUCUUUGGAAUGGGGGUUAUAUCUCCUCUUUGGUGAAUUCUAAAAGCAUUCAUCUAACUUCUCUUCAAGAUUUGUGUUGUGAAGCUACUCAGUACUAUUCUGCUCUCUUUUCAGAAGAUUCACCUCCAGCUGGAGCUGGGGAGAAUAUGGUUCUUGCUUGUAUCCCCACUUUAGUCACCAAUUUGAUGAAUAAGUCCCUUAUGUGUCCAGUUUCUUUGCCUGAGUUGAAGGAGGUGGUUUUGGAGAGGCUCAAAGUGUGGCUCCCGAAUUUAAUAUCAGGGGAGAAAGGAGGUUUUGUGGCUAGUAGACAAAUUUUAGAUGGGGUGGUGAUCACUUCUGAAGCCAUUCACUCUAUGGCGAUUUCUAGAGAUAAAUCUAUGUUCAUCAAGCUAGAUAUGGCCAAAGCGUAUGAUAGAGUUAAGUGGCGCUUCUUAGAAAAACUUCUAAUUUCUUUUGGUUUUAGUCAAGAGUGGGUCAAUUGGAUGAUGAGUUGUGUUACUCCUUAUUCCUUCUCUGUUAUUAUCAAUGAUGAGUUGUCUAUAUUAUUUGGUGCUUCUAGGGGUCUUCAUCAGGGGGAUCCUCUUUCUCCCUAUGUGUUUAUUCUUAUGGCGGAAGGCUUGGGUAGAUUUAUUAAGGCUAGAGUUUCUCAGGGAUUGAUUCAAGGUUGGAGUUGGGUUCAUGGGAUACCCACACUUUCUCAUUUUCAAUUUGUGGAUGACACUACUCUUUUGGGGGCUGCUCAUCUUCAGGAAGCCGAGUAUUUCAGACAAACAUUAGAUAUUUAUUUGGCUUCUUCAAGUUAG